GCUUCGAGCUUCGGUAGGGCCAGAAGAGCUUUUGUUUUUUCGUCGUGGGAAGCUGUUGGUGGGCUCGUCGGGCCCACCCUCUCAUCGGUCAAGCUGGCGAGCGCUCUAACCGCUGGUAUGAACCCCCACCAUCCGGGCCACUCUGCAGCCUACCCGCAUCAUCCCUCGCUCUCGAGCAGUCCCCAUCAUUCUGGGCCCCAUCACGGUUACAAUACCGGCGGGGGUGGCGGCGGCGGGGGCGGCGGUGGCACAACCACCACACCGGACCUGCCGAGCCCCCAUUCGCCACCCCACGGGCCCAAUAUCGAUCCGGCCGCACCGUACGCAUCGAUGCAACAGGGCCAGGGUAUGGGCAGCAACGGGCAUCAUCACGGCGCCGCCGGAAUGAUGUCCGAUCAUCCCCAUCACCCGGGUCACCCGCACCCCCACCUACCCGGACACCCCGCUUAUCCACCGGUUAAUCACAACAACAAUUGUACGCUUAAGCAAGAAGGCGGUCCAAGCGGACCAACGGGUAUCCAGCAGUGCGCCGGUUGCGGCGGCCAAAUAGUCGAAAGAUGGCUCCUGUUCGCGAUGGAUCGGUAUUGGCACAACGGUUGCCUGAAAUGCUCGUAUUGCGGCGCGGCGCUGGCGGAAAUCGGCCACUCGUGCUACACCAGAAGCGGCAUGAUCCUCUGCAAAAACGACUACAGAAGGAUGUUCGGAAGCAGCGGUGCCUGCGCGGGCUGCAGCAACGCGAUACCUGCCAGCGAGCUGGUGAUGAGGGCGGGCGGAUCGGUGUUUCACCAGAAAUGCUUUACAUGCAGUAAAUGCGGCAGUCAACUCGUCUCCGGCGACAGGUACUACCUACUGUCGGGAUCACCGGUCUGCGAGACGGACUGGCACAAAAUCGUCAAGUCCUCGAGCGUGGCUGUCGCAGCCGCCGCGGCGGCGGCCGGUAACGGUGGCGCGCCCGUCAGAAAAGGUAAGGUCGGUCGGCCUCGAAGGAGCCGCGAAUGAGGCGGCAACCCGGUCGGUCGCCCGAAGAAGGUACAAGCCUCCCCGCAGCCGACGCCCGCCGUCGUACCGUCCCAGGUAGACGUUGCGGACGUCGCCGUCGGUGGGGAUCCCUAUUCGCCGCCACCGCCGGGUCAUCAGCAGUACCACCAUCAUCAUCACCACCAUCACCAUCACCAUCAGAUGGGCCUCGUACAUCCGGGACUGGCGGUACAGCA